UCCACGUGCGGCUGCAGCUUUAAAAUUUGUCUCAUCCUAUUCUAGUGUUUGUUUAUUAAGUAAUAGUAAACGUCAAGAUGCCGCCAGUAAAGAAACCCAAGCCCUUUAAGAUGCAAAAACAAGUGACACCGUCCAAAUCGCCCGACCAAAAUAAAACCGUAAUUUCCGGCCAGUUGAAGAAGAAACUGAACCACGCCAAGCCGCAGCCAAAGGCGCAGCAGGAGCGCGGUGUGGUGUUCAUCAAACAUUUGCCACAUGGCUUCUUUGAGCAGCAAUUACGUCAAUAUUUCAAGCAAUUCGGGCAUGUAACGCGUGUGCGCCUUGCGCGUUCCGAGCGCACCGGCGGUAGCAAAGGAUUCGCAUUUGUUGAGUUCGAAUAUCCGGAGGUGGCGAAAGUAGCGGCAGAUACGAUGGACAACUACCUGAUGUUUCAGAAAGUGGUCAAGGCCUCGUAUAUACCGCCCGAGCAGCAAAAAUUCAAUUACUUCAAGAAAACGGUGAAAAAAGUCACAAAUAAGGCUGGCAAAGAGAUUUAUGUUUCGGAUGUAACCAAAGCUACGCAACGCAGUGUCAAGAAACAAAACGAUUGGAACGAAAGUGCCUGCCAGAAACGCACUGUUUUGGGCAUCAAAAAACUAAAGAAGAUGCAAGAUAAAUUUAAGCAUUUGGGACUUGACUUUUCCAAUUUCAUUGUCGAACCUGUCAAAAAAUCAAAGGUGACGGAACAGAAAGCGAAACCUUCCAACAGUAGCAAACAGAAAGCGCCGGAAAAAGAGCUGGAACUGGCAGAUCUGCUGGGCAACACCAUCAACGAAGACUCGGAUGAUGAGGACUAUGUUGAUGCAAGUGACGAUGAUACUGAACAGGAGCUGAACAGCGCUGAAGAUGAUAGCGACGACGCUGAAGAUGAUGACGACGACGACGAUGACGAUGAUGAGGUGGAGGAAGAGCUGCAGCCAAAACCGGCAGCUAAAAAGUCGCUUAAGAAAAACACUAGCGCUGAGCGCCAGUCUGAGCUGCUCAAACGCAAACCCGGCACGGGUGGUGUGCAGAAAAAGAAGACCGCUGCAGCGUCCAAAGUGAACAAAAAGGCGGCCACGAAAACGCUGCAGCUGGCCGCGGCCAAGCAGUUGGCCAAGCCGCUGCAAAAGAAGGUUGCCAAGAAGAUGAAGAAGUAACUAUAGUAUAUUUUUACCAUAAUAGUUAAGUAAACAAAAC